AGAUUUUGGACUACAACUCCCAGCUUUCUCAGCCACACUACCGAAGUUGGAACAAUUUUCCUCGUCUCUCAUUGGUAGGUUGUCAUUCUGUUUGGGUGCAGUAGCUGGAAAAAUGGCAGCUGAUACAGGGAGAUACCGGAGUGCUGUUAGCAAAAGCAAAGACCCUUCAGGCUUACUUAUCUCCGUUAUAAGGACCCUGUCCAGCAGCGAUGACAAGCAGGACAGAGAGACGGAGAAGGGCCGCCUGGAGGAGGCGUUUGAGAAGUGUGACCGGGACCUGGAUGAGCAGAUCGUCCAACACUACGCUGAGCUGACCACCGCCAUCCGCACCUACCAGAGCAUCACCGAGAGAAUCACCAGCUCCCGUAACAAGAUCAAAGGGGUGAAGGAGAACCUGCUGUCCUGUAAGAUGCUGCUCCACUGCAAGAGGGAUGAACUGAGGAAGCUGUGGAUCGAAGGCAUUGAGCACAAACACGUCCUCAACCUGCUGGACGAGAUCGAGAGUAUCAAGCAGGUCCCACAGAGACUGGAGGCCUGCAUGGCCAGCAAGCACUACCUGCACGCCACCGACAUGCUGGUGAGUAAGGGACAAUUCGUGUGGAGGUGGGGUGGUAGGUGAGGAUGUGGUAAGGUU